GUUUCAUUCGCCAGAUUUUUUAUUCCUAAAAAACCGCCAGUUUGAUCGAACGUCUGAGUGUCUAGCUCGACAGAAAGAUUAAGUAGGACAAAAGUGAAGUAGCAAUUAGACGAUUAUACAUAUUUUAGUACGUUUUAACUAAACAAAACACACAAAGAUGUCUAAAGCACCUGCUGUUGGUAUUGAUUUGGGCACAACCUACUCUUGCGUGGGUGUGUUCCAGCAUGGCAAGGUCGAGAUCAUUGCCAACGACCAGGGUAAUCGUACCACACCAUCUUAUGUUGCCUUCACGGAUACGGAGCGUUUGAUUGGUGAUGCCGCCAAGAACCAGGUGGCGAUGAACCCAACGCAAACGAUCUUCGAUGCCAAGCGUCUGAUUGGUCGCAAAUUCGAGGACUCUGCUGUGCAGGGUGACAUGAAGCACUGGCCCUUCGAUGUCGUCAGUGUAGAUGGCAAGCCCAAGAUUGAGGUUACGUACAAGGAUGAGAAGAAGACCUUCUUCCCCGAGGAGAUCUCCUCCAUGGUGUUGACCAAAAUGAAGGAGACCGCCGAGGCGUACCUGGGCAAGACGGUGACCAAUGCCGUCAUCACUGUGCCAGCUUACUUCAACGACUCGCAGCGUCAGGCGACCAAGGACGCCGGUACCAUUGCCGGAUUGAAUGUGCUGCGUAUCAUCAACGAGCCCACGGCCGCUGCUAUCGCCUAUGGCCUGGACAAGAAGGCUGUUGGAGAGCGCAACGUGCUCAUUUUCGAUCUGGGUGGCGGUACCUUCGAUGUGUCCAUUCUGUCGAUCGAUGACGGCAUCUUCGAGGUCAAAUCUACGGCCGGUGAUACCCAUCUUGGUGGUGAGGAUUUCGACAACCGUCUAGUGACCCACUUUGUGCAGGAGUUCAAGCGCAAGCACAAGAAGGACCUGACCACCAACAAGCGUGCUCUUCGUCGUCUGCGCACCGCCUGCGAGCGCGCAAAGCGUACCCUCUCGUCGUCCACCCAGGCCAGCAUUGAGAUCGACUCUCUGUUCGAGGGUACCGAUUUCUACACCUCGAUCACUCGUGCCCGUUUCGAGGAGCUGAACGCUGAUUUGUUCCGCAGCACCAUGGACCCCGUGGAGAAGGCUCUGCGUGACGCCAAGCUGGACAAGUCGGCCAUCCACGACAUUGUGCUGGUCGGUGGCUCCACCCGUAUUCCCAAGGUGCAGCGUCUGCUCCAGGAUCUGUUCAACGGCAAGGAGCUGAACAAGUCGAUCAAUCCCGAUGAGGCUGUUGCCUAUGGUGCCGCCGUCCAGGCCGCCAUCUUGCACGGCGACAAGUCGCAGGAGGUGCAGGAUCUCCUGCUGCUCGACGUCACCCCACUGUCUCUGGGUAUCGAGACCGCCGGCGGUGUGAUGAGCGUGCUGAUCAAGCGCAACACCACCAUCCCAACCAAGCAGACCCAGACCUUCACCACCUACUCGGACAACCAGCCCGGUGUGCUCAUCCAGGUGUUCGAGGGCGAGCGUGCCAUGACCAAGGACAACAAUCUCUUGGGCAAGUUCGAGCUGUCGGGCAUUCCCCCAGCACCUCGCGGCGUGCCCCAGAUCGAGGUCACCUUCGAUAUCGAUGCCAACGGCAUCCUGAACGUCACUGCCCUGGAGCGUUCCACCAACAAGGAGAACAAGAUCACCAUCACCAACGACAAGGGUCGUCUCUCCAAGGAGGAUAUCGAGCGCAUGGUCAACGAGGCCGAGAAGUACCGCAACGAGGAUGAGAAGCAGAAGGAGACCAUCUCCGCCAAGAACGCCCUCGAGUCGUACUGCUUCAACAUGAAGGCCACCCUCGACGAGGACAAUCUGAAGACCAAGAUUGCCGACUCUGACCGCACCGUCAUCCUGGACAAGUGCAACGAGACCAUCAAGUGGCUGGAUGCCAACCAGCUGGCCGAUAAGGAGGAGUACGAGCACCGUCAGAAGGAGCUCGAGGGUGUCUGCAACCCAAUAAUCACCAAGCUGUACCAGAGCGCUGGAGGUGCUCCCGGUGGCAUGCCCGGCGGUAUGCCCGGUGCUCCUGGUGCCGCUGGAGCUGGUGCUCCCGGUGCCGGUACCGGCGGUGCUGGCCCCACCAUCGAGGAGGUCGACUAAACCAUUCUCAAACAAUCCAACACCAAAUAACGUCACACCCCCCACUUUCUCAACCAU